UAGGCCCCAUCUAACGCCGGCGCAUCACCAGUCCGCUCACGCGCUCCGUCGGGUUAGCGCGUAAACACGCGGCACGAGACUGACCGGCACCUGUUGUUGCUUCAUCGUACGCAUAUAGGUUGCACGAGUUUGUUCGAGUUAACAGGACUCGCCUGGACGUGCGCUGGAGCGACGUGAGAAGACGGUGCGAUCGCGCGCCCCCUGACAGCGAAGCGGCCAAUUAAAUCACCGACACGAGCAUCAUCAAAGAAGGUCGAAGCGGAAAGGGCACGAUUCGUGUUUUGCCGGGUAGGCGCCAGUGGCUUCUCGACAGGGAAUAACUUUCACUCGCCGAAGGUGCACCAUAAGGUUCCGCGAAAGCGACGGGACGGUGAUCCGGCCAACUCUGCCGGUCUGCAGCGCAGCGGCAGUGAGCGCGCGACCUCCACGGCGGCGUGGAGGGUGGGGAGCGUCAAACGGCGGGACCAGAUUACGCGGUCUAGAAGGAAAGCGGCUCGUGUGACAGUUCACGAUUGGUGCUGCUUGUUUUUUGUCGGCUCCGAAGAGCCGGGCGCGUCGCGCGUGGCGUUCUCCAUGUGCGUGAUAGCGGGCCCAUCGUGUGGCGGCUUAAAAAGCGCAGCCAAGCGAUGCGCCGCCUCGCGCUGCCGGUGGUGGUCCUGAGCGCUGCCCUGUGUUGCGUCGUGUCGGCGCCUCGCCGGCCGGCGAACCCGGCAUCGGCUCGGGCUGCGCGCCACCAGGAGUUCGUGUGGAGGGAGGCCGCCUGCCGCGUUCCACAACCUCGCGUCCAGUGCCUCAAGGAGCUGCAGCCCAAUGACACCAGGAAAUUCUUGCCCCACUGCACCAUCUUGCACCGUUGCGCACCGGACACGGGCUGCUGCGCUUCCGAGGAGCAGCAUUGCCAGGUGAAGACGGUGCAGGCAGUGCAGCUGCCCUUCCUGGUGGUGCACCUGGAUUCCGGUGGCGGACCGUCGCGCUACGAGCCCGUCACGCUCGUAUUCGACAACCACACCGAGUGCGAGUGCCGCCUGCGCAACGAGCCCAUCCGCUGAGCCGGCGCGCUGCGUAGUCCAGUCACUGGUCCGCCGGCAAACAGCGACGAUGGGCGGAAGGGCGGCAGACCCGUUCGCUCCCCGAGAUCGGACAGUCGGUGGCCUCUGGGCUGGGAGCGGAGGGCUGCCCUGACCGCGAUUCCUCCUCCUGCUGCUGUGUCCGCAUGGUGUGCCGCCCUCGUCGGAGCGUUGUUGCCACCUUUCGCUUCUCUCACCUCGGCCUGUUCAGUUGUGCACACGCCGACGGCAGUGAGAGUGCCGCGUUUGGGCGGAGGUCAGAGACGGGCCUCUUACCGGUGCGACCUUCGGCAGCUGUGUGGUGCAUUGCGAACGAAGGCCGGGACCAGGCAAAGAGAACAGUGUCGUUUAUCACGUGAUCAUGCGCCUCUGAGUCAGGUGUUAGGACGGACAGUGCGUGCAGAAACUUUGUACAGAGAUCAUGGUUCAUUCUGUCCCAGUAUUGUGAUGUCAGUUCAUGAAGAUUAAACGCCCUGCAUUUCAUCCUGCC